GCAACAAUGGAGUAACUCGUGUUGAUUUACUGUCACGUCAGUGGAAGCCCUGCCCGACUUUGUGAGAAAUCUACCCGAUUGAGUGGUCUAAUGUGCCUCCCUAGUGCAUGGCGGAAAAUCUUAUCUUAUCUAUCUUUAGAUGCUGAAAAAUAUAAUUAAUGGGAGAAAAAAUUGUUGUCUUUCUCUUACAACCCCGAAUGAUCGUAAUCCCAUUCCAUAAUGGCAUGGUGGCUGUGAGACAAGGAGUUCGUGGGUCGCCGUCGGUUUUGUUACCACUGGUGGCUUUAGUUCAUUCGUUGCUUCCACGAAGAACACAAAUGAAAAAUAAUUGGAAAAGGAAUCGCAUUCACGACACAUUGUAAACGAAUCGUAACUUUCCGAGAAAUGAGACCACCAGUCUUCGUCGUCCGCCAGUACAGGGUUUUCAACGAUCUCUCUCCCUUGGCUAUAUCGCGUUAUUUUAAUGCAAGUCGCUAUUUCAUCUUCUUCCAUUGGAUCCAGUCAACAAUGUUAUUCAAUUUGUCGGUGUACUGUAUUUUCGCAUUAAACUUCAGAGCCAUAAGUCUCCAUUAUUUUACCCAGUCAACUCUUCACUAUCCUUUGAUAUUUAUCGGUUUGUAUAAUUGUAUUUGCUCCCUCACUACAUGUCAACAAUCAUUCUUUCAAAACCCAGUUCCUUCUUCUUGUUUCUCUCAAUCGUAUAGUGCCAAAUUUCGACCACAAGGUUACUGAUUCAUUGCCUAGCUGAGCUUCGUCUUUGCCAGGAAUAAGAUUUUAGCUGCUGUUGUUCUACCUCUGUUUAGAGAUCGACAAAUUUAGUUCAGCCUACUAGCUGAGAGGAGUCUUACUGAAUGGCUAAGUCUGGAUUUUUUCACUUGCACUCGUUUGAAGGCUCACACCAUACUCAGAGCCAGCAGGUUGUGCCAAUCCCUACCAAUAAAGGGUCUUUGAAGGUUUUGCUGUUGCAUGGCAAUUUAGAUGUUUGGGUAAAGGGGGCUAAUAACCUCCCUAAUAUGGAUAUGGUUCAUAAGUCUUUAGGGGAUAUGUUCUCAAAAUUAUCUGUCAAGGUUAGCAACAAAAUUGAAGGGCAUUCCAGUACCAAGAUAACUAGCGAUCCAUAUGUCGUGUUUUCAGUAUCAGGAGCGGUCAUUGGGAGAACUUUUGUGAUACCUAAUACCGAGAACCCUGUUUGGAUGCAGCAUUUCAAUGUUCCUGUUGCUCAUUAUGCAGCAGAAGUGCAGUUUGUUGUUAAAGACAGUGAUGCGUUAGGGUCACAGAUGAUAGGUGCUGUGGGGAUCCCGGUAGAGCAAUUAUGCUCAGGCAUGAUAGUGGAGGGAAAGUUCCCUAUACUCAAUGCAGCAGGGAGGCCCUGUAAGGCUGGAGCUGUAUUGAGUCUGUCAAUUCAGUACACCCCAAUUGAGGCAAUGACACUUUAUCAUCACGGAGUAGGAGCAGGACUCGAUUACCAAGGGGUUCCUGCCACAUAUUUCCCCCUUAGGAGAGGUGGUAAAGUGACUCUAUACCAAGAUGCCCAUGUUCCUGAUGGCUGCCUUCCCAGUAUUAAGGUCAGUGGUGGUGUCCAGUAUGCACAUGGAAGUUGUUGGCAGGACAUUUUUGAUGCAAUAAGUCAGGCUCGUCAUUUGAUUUACAUUACAGGAUGGUCCAUUUACCAUACAGUUAGACUGGUUCGUGGCCAUAAGGAGGGAAAGGAUUCUACUUUAGGGGAUCUUCUUAAAAUCAAGUCACAAGAAGGUGUGAGAGUGUUGCUUCUUGUAUGGGAUGACGCAACCUCUAAUAGCAUUCUGGGAUAUAAAACGAAUGGGGUCAUGAAUACAAGUGACGAGGAGACUCAUCGUUUCUUCAAGCACUCUUCAGUACAAGUGCUGCUUUGUCCUCGAUCUGCUGGAGAAGGACAUAGCUGGGUGAAAAAGCAGGAAGUUGGAGCAAUCUAUACCCAUCACCAGAAGACGGUAAUAGUAGAUGCUGAUGCAGGUCACUACAAAAGAAAGAUAAUAGCAUUUGUUGGAGGUCUUGAUUUAUGCUUGGGCCGAUAUGAUACUCCACAACAUCCUAUUUUUAGGACCUUGAACUCAGUUCACAAAGAUGACUUCCACAAUCCUAAUUUCACAGAGCCUAUUAUUGCUGGUGGCCCAAGACAACCAUGGCAUGAUUUGCACUGCCAAAUUGACGGUCCUGCAGCAUAUGACAUCCUCACCAAUUUUGAGGAGCGUUGGCAAAAGGCUUCAAAACCUCGUGGGCUUCAAAAAUUAAAGACAUCACAUGAAGAUGCGUUGCUCAGGAUUGAUAGAAUUCCUGAAAUUCUUGGAAUAGUAGAAGUUCCUAGCGUGAAUGACAAUCAUCCCGAGUCUUGGCAUAUUCAGGUUUUCCGUUCUAUUGAUUCCGGUUCUGUCAAAGGUUUUCCAGAUGACCCAAAAGAUGCUACAAGCAGGAACCUGGUAUGCGGGAAGAACUUACUCAUUGACAUGAGUAUACACACAGCGUAUGUAAAGGCAAUCCGUGCUGCCCAGCACUUCAUCUAUAUUGAGAACCAGUACUUUUUGGGGUCGUCUUACAAUUGGGAUUCUCAGAAAGACUUGGGUGCCAACAAUUUAAUACCGAUGGAAAUUGCUCUUAAAAUUGCCAGUAAGAUCAAAGCAAAUGAGAGGUUUUCUGCAUAUAUUGCUAUUCCGAUGUGGCCAGAAGGCGCUCCAACAAGUACUCCAAUUCAGAGGAUUUUAUUUUGGCAGCGAAAGACGAUGCAAAUGAUGUAUGAAACAAUAUACAUGGCUUUGGUGGAGGUUGGACUCGAGAAUGAAUAUGAGCCUCAGGAUUUUUUGAAUUUUUUCUGUCUUGGCAAUCGUGAAGUAUGUGAGGAAGAAAGCUUAGACACCAAAAGCUCUGCAGCAGCAAAUACGCCUCAGGCACGUGCUCAGAAAAGUCGGCGCUUCAUGAUUUAUAUCCAUUCUAAAGGAAUGAUGGUGGAUGAUGAGUAUGUGAUACUGGGAUCUGCAAAUAUCAAUCAGCGCUCAAUGGAAGGUACAAGAGACACCGAAAUAGCAAUGGGUGCAUACCAGCCUUACUAUACCUGGGCAAGAAAACGUUCACAUCCACAUGGGCAGGUUUUUGGAUAUAGGAUGUCAUUGUGGGCAGAGCACUUGGGAACGAUUGAAAAAUGUUUUGAGCAACCAGAGAGUCUUGAAUGCGUGAGACGAGUGAGGUCCCUGAGUGAGAAUAACUGGAAGCAGUAUGUAGCCGAUGAAGUAACCAAAAUGAAGGGUCACCUACUGAAGUAUCCAGUCCAAGUUGAUAGAACUGGCAAGGUAAAAGCACUCCCAGGCCAUGAAACAUUUCCAGAUGUAGGUGGGAACAUAUUGGGGUCUUUCAUAGCCAUUCAAGAAAAUCUCACCAUCUGAGCUACUCAUCCUCCCCAUCUCGUGCGUGUUGUGUUUUGUUGUGCAUACUUGUACUUGUUCACUUCUCAUUGAGAAGUAUGCUUUUGGUCACUACUUUUUUUGAAAUAGUGUUGAAAAAUAUGUUUCUCAUUGGAAUUAAACAUUGGGCAUACAUAUGCCUAAUCCAAUCGAUUGCCAACCGAAUCACCCCUCGUUGGUGCUUUUGGUCACUACUUGAUGAUGCCAAAGUUAGCAAUUAUAUACAUCCCAGUUUGGGAAUUUAUGUUUGUUGGAAAACGGCAAGUGUCUCAAACCCUCACAUCAUGUAGAGGACAAUUUUCUUCUUUUAACAUAUUUAGCAAGUA